GGGGAUCUGGCUGGCUCUGGUUUACCCGACAGUCUGUAUUCGACCUGCGAAGUGUGAGGUCACGUCAUCAUGCUCUUCAAGGAAUUUCGUGUCCCGCUGCCUCUCACAGUGGAUGAGUAUCACUUGGGCCAGCUGUGGGCAGUGACAGAGGCUAGCAAGAGAGAGACAGGUGGUGGGGAAGGCAUUGAAGUGCUGACCAAUGAACCCUUCACAGGCAUCCCGCUCCUGGGGGACAAAUUCUCCUCCGGCCAGUACACCUACAAGAUCUUCCACCUCAAGAACAAGGUACCUGCCUUCAUCCGCCUGCUGGCACCAGAAGGCUCCCUGGAAGUGCAUGAGAAGUCCUGGAAUGCUUACCCCUACACCAAGACCCUUUACACUAACCCUUAUUUGAAGGAUGACUUCUUCAUCUGUAUUGAGACAUUCCAUGCUGCUGAUAGAGGAAGCACAGAAAAUAUCCACAAUUUACCAAGGGACAAAUGGCGGUCAGUGGAGGUGGUGAUGGUGGAUAUUGUGAAUGAUCCUGUUUACUCUGGAGACUAUCACCCAGAUGAGGAUCCUUCUAAGUUCGUCUCCAAGAAGACUGGUCGUGGCCCCUUGAAGGGUUCCCAGUGGUGGCUAAAGAGUGAGCCAGUAAUGACAUGCUACAAGCUGGUAUCAUGUGAGGUUCGCUGGUUUGGCUUGCAGACAAGGCUUGAGCGAUACAUCCAAGACUUUGAGCGACGUAUAAUCACCAACUUUCAUAGACAGGUGUUCUGCUGGUUGGAUGAGUGGUACGGACUGACCAUGGGUGACAUUCGCCACCUUGAAGACUACAGCAAGAUUGAGCUAGAUCAGCAAAGAAGUGCGGGCAAAGUGUGUGGAACGCUGGGGUGAAGUUACUCAGGUAAUCCUUGAAAAUGUCAUUCAAAUUCUUAUGAUAAGUCACAUUGUCAAGAGCUUACCUUUUAGCUAAUGUCCCAUCCACAACUCUCCCCACUUACUGUGUCAAGAAUCACUACCUUUUGAUUUUGUUUGGAUGCCACACUGGAACUACUGUACAGUAUACUGGACUCAGAAACAUCAGAACUUCAAAUAUACCUCAUCUCAUGUGUUCUUUGAUAUGGAGUUUCAAAAGCACCAUAAUAAUAAUAAUAAUAAUAAUAAUAAUAAUAAUAAUAAUAAUAAUAAUAAUAAUAAUAAUAGUAAUAAUAACAGUACAGUAGUAGUAGUAAAAGUAGUGUAAUAGUACUGUACUGUAGUAGUACAGGCUUUCCCUGGUGUAUGAAAGAGUUCCAUUCCUGAAAAACCUUUCAUAAAUCUGAGUACAUUUUCCUAUUGACUCCCAUUAUAAAAAUUGAGACACUGUACAUUCCUAAGGAAAAAAAAUCACCAGACUGUAUUAAAAUGCUACAGAUGGUGAUUUUAUUUAAUUUUUUUGGUGUAAAUGAUAACUAUACGGUAAUAAUAAACAUAGUAUGUGAGUGGCACAACACCAGAACAGGAUAAGUGCCACGAUCAGCCAAACACAUUUUCUUUGUGAAAUGCAUAGUUCAUUCUUCCCCCUAUCAGGUACAAGUGGUAUAUAUGUCUUUAGGACACUGCUAAUAUGGUUGACAAUUCAUUGAAAAAAAUGAUGUUGACAUGACUUCACUGUAAUACAACUUUCUCACUUUUUUACAAAUGGCACUUAUCCCAUUCUGGCACUGGGCUACUCAAAUGAAAUAUACAUGCAGUAUUGUACAGAACAGUAAAUAAUUUUAUACAUGUACUAAUAAGAAACUGAAUUAAACUUGAAAUAAAGUGAACAAUAUGAAAUGCUAAGCCAAGAUCUAUAAUGAGUCUUGACAUAAGAAGUUCAGACAAUAACACAGAAGGAAAGUCUUGUGAUAAAUUGACUCACCAACAGUUUUUGGUAACUAAAUUAUUCUUCAUAAUACAGUACUGUACAGUUGCCCAAAUCGGUGAUGUCACGAUUUCCAGAAAAUUUAAAUCACAAAGUGUUAUCUGGCAACUAAAGUACCAGCCUUGCUUUAUUUUUGCUUUUAUUUUUUUUUUGAGGCAGUACACAAUUUUGUGAAAUAGUUACAGAAAUUAAUUAAUAAAUGCUAAAAUAGAUUUUCUUAAGAAUAUUGUAAGAACAAAUCAAGUACAGUAGUUAAAAUUUAGUAUGGUACAAUAUAUGUAUUUUGAAACAAUAAUAUGACACAAGAUUUUAUUGGCUGGGGACAUUCAGGAAUAUUGUAAUUUGCAGAGUUAGAAUUGGAUGUCAAAAUGAAAAGGUGUACAUUAUUUGUGUGAAGCUGAAAUGAGUAUCAAAUAAAAAAUAUGAAUUGA